AUGUUCAACUUUCAACCCUGUUUUUUCAACAUCUUAAAGAUAUUGUUUCUUCUAAUUGUUUUUGUCCUCCCCACUAUAGUUUCUGGAGAUUGUACAUGUGAUGCUGAGGCCACAAAGAACAACAAAAAUGAUGCACUUAUAUAUAAAGUAGUUUCAAUAGCUAUAAUUCUUUUUGCUGGUGCUGUGGGAGUAACCAUUCCAUUGUUAGGCAAGAAAAUCCGAACACUAAGGCCUGAAAAUGACAUCUUUUUCAUUAUCAAAGCCUUUGCAGCUGGUGUAAUUCUAGCAACCGGGUUCAUUCACAUACUACUGGAUGCAUUUGCGAGUUUGACAUCACCAUGCCUUAAUGAAAAUCCAUGGGGAAAAUUCCCUUUUACCUGCUUCGUUGCCAUGGUUUCUGCUAUAGGAACAUUAAUGGUGGACUCAUUCGCAACGGGGUUUUAUAAGAGGCAAUCUAAGCAGGUAAAUAGAGUAGAUGAAGAGAUGCAUGAAGAGCAUGAGGGACAUGUACAUGUUCAUACACGUGCCACACAUGGUCAUGCUCAUGGCUCAGCCACACAUCAUGAGGAUUUGAAUCUGGCAGAGCUAAUCCGUUUUUGGGUUAUAUCACAAGUAUUGGAGUUGGGAAUUGUAGCUCAUUCAGUGAUAAUUGGAAUAUCAUUGGGUUCUUCUCAAAGCCCUCAGACAAUAAAGCCUCUACUAGCAGCACUGUCUUUCCAUCAGUUUUUUGAGGGUAUGGGGCUUGGUGGCUGCAUCGCUCAGGGAUAG